AUGGCGGAGGUGCUCACUUAUGAUGGCCGCGCCGUCGGGAUGGCCUUCUACUAUCCAGGCGGCGGGACGAUGCCGUGCCCUGUAUCAGGCACUGCGUGCUACCGCAACACGCCGGACGGGCGCUGCGCGUACUGUCGACUCCAGUCAUUCGAGAUGCACAAGGUGCCCCCACAGCACCAGCACCUCCAGCACCUCCUCCAUCGGCCGUCUACCAGCGGACCCGUUGCAUCUCGACAGCCUCCACUUGCACCCAAGGCUCCCAAACCUCCCAAAGCCGCCAAGGGUCCUGCUCCUCCCAUCAGCCCAUUCUACCCUCCCGGUGCCAGCUUACAGAAGGACCGUCCGAAGAAUCCCGUUCAAACAGGCGUACUCAAGCGCCGCGGCCCGUUUGGCAAGAAGGUCGUCGUGCUACCGCAAGCGGCCGCGCCGCCCAACGACCCGCUCGACUGUGACGGUAUCCGGGCCUGGCGCGCCGAGUCGGCCAUGAUGGCCCAGACGCGCGACAAGCGGCGGCUGGACGAGCAGAUGUGGUACAUCAACCACCUGCCGCCGCACCUGCGCGAGCAGAUGCUGCAGGCGCUCCGGACGGAAAACCAGCCGCCGCCGAUGGGCAUCGUGCUGCCACCAUCGCGAGAGGGCGUAGAAACCUUCGCCCGUGCUUCUGCCAUUGAAUAA